AUGCUGCUCGCACUCGCAGCACUCGCACUGUGCGCCACGCACGCACCCCUCGCAACCCUCGCAGCUCCAGCCAACGCCACCGCCACCGCCACCAGCCUCCUCUCGGUCCCCGCGUACGCAACCCAGACCUCGGGCGCGUUCGCAACCUCGUCCGCCAAAGCCCUCGCCAGCUCGCUCCCAGGCUACCGCUACAACCUCACAGAGGAGAGCGCCUCGACCCGCACCUCGAUCUGCAACUCGACCACGGCCUUCUGCGCAACCGCAGGAUGCUCGGGCCAGGGCACCGUCACCGACAACUUCUGCAACCCGGACACGAUGGGCUGGAACUGCAAGUGCUCAAAGGGCUCCGACAGCCGCCUCCAGCCUCUCGUCGUCCCCGUAAACACGUACGACUGCCGCCUGCGCACCUCGGCCUGCCUCGACCAGUGCCAGAACCCGGCCGCGUCGCCGCCCGUCACCAACGUCGGCGCGUGCCGCAACGCGUGCAACUACGUCCUCGGCUCGACGUGCGGCACGGGCGACCAGGUCCUGCCCGAGUACCAGGUCGCGAGCUAUGGCGACAAGCCAAAGUACUACGCCGAGACGGGCGUGACCAAGAGAUUCCGAUAA